UCAUUUUGUAAAUUACGGAGAAAGUUUUAUCUCAAUGAACUGCACAAGCCCGGUGAUGUGGUUCUGGGUGGGCUGUUUGAAGUCCACUUCACCUCCAUUUUUCCUGAACUGACGUUUUCCUCAGAGGCAGAAGAGCCCCGCUGCAAAGGUUUUGAUAUUCUAGGGUUCAGGCAAGCAAUGACCAUGGCUUUUGCUAUUGAUGAAAUCAACAAGAACUCCAACCUGCUCUCUAAUGUGACUCUGGGAUACAGUCUGUAUGAUAACUGUGGUGCACUUGUCAUUGGGCUCAGUGGUGCCUUAUCACUGGCAAGUGGUCAAGAGGAGCAGUUUCCAGUUCAGGAGAAGUGUUUAGGGACACCUCCAGUCCUGGGGAUAGUGGGUGACUCCUUCUCAACAUUCACAAUUGCCACAUCCAAUGUGCUGGGUUUAUUCAGAAUGCCUAUUGUGAGUUAUUUUGCCACUUGCUCCUGCCUAAGCAAUCGGCAGCGGUUUCCAUCAUUCUUUAGAACCAUCCCAAGUGAUGCUUUCCAGCCACCUCGGUCAGUGUGUAGCGAGAGUUGUCCUCCAGGUACCCGCGUGGUGCGAGAGAAGGGGAAACCUGAGUGCUGUUUUGACUGCAUCCCUUGUUCUGAAGGAAAGAUCAGUAAUAAUACAAACUCAAUGGAGUGCACCAGUUGUCCAGAAGACUUCUGGUCCAGCCCCCAGCGUGAUCACUGUGUUCCAAAGAAAAUAGAGUUCCUCUCCUACCAUGAGCCUCUGGGUAUCUGCUUGACAGCCACCUCACUGCUGGGCACAUUUAUCUGUGCUGCUGUUCUAGGAAUCUUUAUCUAUCAUCGUAAAACACCCAUAGUACGUGCCAACAAUUCAGAACUGAGUUUCCAGCUAUUGCUGUCACUUAAACUGUGCUUCCUGUGUUCGCUGCUGUUCAUCGGACGACCCAGGCUGUGGACAUGCCAACUGAGACAUGCAGCGUUUGGGAUCAGCUUUGUUCUUUGUGUCUCAUGUAUCCUGGUCAAAACCAUGGUGGUCCUGGCUGUGUUCAAGGCCUCCAAGCCAGGGGGUGAAGCCAGUCUCAAGUUUUUUGGUGUUUUGCAGCAGAGAGGGACAGUUCUGGUUCUUACAUCUAUUCAAGGGGCAAUCUGCACAGCCUGGCUUGUGUUGUCCUCACCAGCUCCACAUAAAAACACUCACUACCACAUUGACAAGAUAGUUUACGAGUGUGUAGUUGGGUCCACUGUUGGUUUUGUAGCGUUACUGAGCUAUAUUGGCUUGUUGGCCAUCCUCAGUUUUCUGAUUGCAUUCAUGGCAAGGAGUCUUCCAGGCAGUUUUAAUGAGGCCAAGCUCAUCACUUUCAGCAUGCUGAUCUUCUGUGCUGUGUGGGUGGCCUUUGUUCCUGCUUAUAUCAGUUCACCGGGAAAACAUGCAGAUGCAGUGGAGGUAUUUGCCAUCCUGGCCUCCAGUUUUGGCCUCCUGGUGGCCCUGUUUGGACCCAAAUGUUACAUAAUCCUGCUGAGACCAGAGAUGAAUACAAAGAAAGCAAUCAUGGGUCGGGGCAUUGGUUCAUAA